GGAACGGUGAGAAGUGUUGGAGAAAUAUAAUGUCUUCAUUUACGUCGAUAUUCCAAGUUCGGUUGUUAGGGUUUCGUUGUUCUGUUACUGGCUUGUUCUCGUCAGAACGCUUUCUUGGACGACCUUGUGUUGAGAGAUUGGAUCCACACCAUCUGAAUUGCUUCUAUGCUGGGACGGGGUUUUGAAGUUGGAGCCCGAGAGUUCAGGAGUAGCAGGAGAUCGGGCAAGGAGACUUUGUCAAUACAUGGUAUACUUAGGCGAAUGAGAAGGACGACGACAACCAUCUGAUUGAUUUUUAUAAUGGCAACGGGUUUCCUGACCCCGAGGAGACAAGGGUCUUUUCUAAGAAACGACAGCUCGGCAUCGAAGGAAAGUUUCAGCGAUAACCUGUCUACAAAUGUACUGGCAUCACCGCUACAGGCAUACAAAUACGAGAAUAAUCGGAGAUAUCAUGCUUAUCGGGAAGGUUCAUAUUGGGGCCCAAAUGAUGAACAGGAUGCGUAUCAUCAAAGAGUUGCACACCACCUCUUCACACUUGUUUUGCAAGAUAGACUCUAUCUCGCUCCUAUAUCAAGCCCACGUCACGUUCUAGAUGUCGGGACUGGUAUUGGACUAUGGGCUAGCAACAUAGCCGACGCCAACCCAGCAGCCCAAGUCCUCGGCACUGAUCUCUCACCCAUCUGGCACGACGACGCCACCAUCCGUCCAAAUCUCACCUUCGAGGUCGACGACUGCUGCUCAAACUGGACAUAUCUCGACGAAGGACGCGAGUUAUUCGACCUUGUACACAUCCGUUGCUUGUACGGUAGUAUUAAAGAUUGGCGCAAAUUAUACCAACAGGCAUUCGAUCAUCUUGAGCCAGGGAAGGGGUACAUUGAGCAGGUUGAAUUGUCGCUGAUUCCACGGUUCUGGUAUACGAAUACCGCAGACGAAGGUGCUGGAAACGACUAUUGCAGUCUGGAUCUGGAGUCAACUUCGCAUACAGAAGAAUUAAACUCAAUUUUUGCGACGUGGUACAAAUUUUGGCAAGAAUGUAGUCGUCAAACGGGCAAAACAUGGUUUGUCGCGGAUCAAAUGGCUGGUUUGAUUUAUGAAACGGGGUUUGAUAAUGUGCGUGAGAUACGGUAUAUAUUACCGCUGUUCGACUGCUUGGAAGGAAUGACCUCUAUUACCACAGAAGGUACUACUAGUAUAGGUGAGGAAUUGAUGGGAGGAUACUCGGAUUAUCCAGUCCCUCGUCUUCAGGAGAUUGCGAGAUGGUUUCGACAGUUUUGGGAGACGGGGAUGGAAGGGUGGGUAUUGGCUGUUAGUACACGAUACAUGGGGUGGACAGCCGAUGAAGCAAAAGAAUUUGUGGCGGAGACGAAGAGAGUGCUUGUAGAGCAGGAGAGUAGAGUUUACUAUGAACUGGUUGUCAUAUACGGGCAAAGACCGUCUGACAGUGGGAUAUGAGUACUACGUAGUCUAAUGAAUGAUAUGAAUACACGGCCGAGCUGGAAAGAUUAGUUUAUGACUAGUAAUAAUAUCAGUUACGGAGUAUCGAAUAUAGGUCUAG